UUUUAAUGGAUGAUUAGAUUAUGCAAUCACAUGAUGACACAUUAAUCUGUUUGUACAUAUAGUGUUAACCGAAUUUAAAAAAAAUUCCAGUCCUCUGACUCCAAUUAUGGAGUAGAAAAGAAUAUUGCAGAUGGAAAAAUUAAAGCAACUAUUAGGAUCUGAUGCCUUCCAGGUUUCCAUCUGGUUGGUUAUUAAUAUUGGUGAAGAAUCCACCAUUAUUUUCCAGACAAAUUUGCAGAUCGAAAUCCAGAGACUUUGGCCUUGUUCAUCAUGUCGGAGACUCAGCUUCAGGCCUUGAGUAUUGAGGACGGUGAGAAAGAAGAAAUUAAAAUUGCAGGUGAUGAUCCUCGAGGAAUUUGGCAACACCUGCGUCAUUAUCUGAAAGUUGCAGUAAAAACUUUCGACCUGGAUAGUCCUUGGGGAUACGGGGCUUUUCUCACUGCUUAUAUGAUCGUCAUCUUCGUGCAUCCUUUGCAUUACUAUGCUUAUGUGAUCAAUUCCCAGCAUAAUUGCCUGGAAAUCAACAAUGAAUUGUAUGCCACAUUUGCUGUGGUUGCCUUUUUCAAUACUUACAUGCUGCUAUAUGUUCCAAAUGAAAUCGGAAAAAUCUUCCUGGGGACUAUUAGGAAAGAGAAGGGGAUUGAACAUUUCAUGUUUACUCAAGUACCAGUCUUGUUAAUGACGUUGACUAUACUUCCGGAUUUGACAAGGGGAACAACGGACAAGAUCUUUGUGACUACAACGAACUUGUUUCUUUUCGGAUAUAUGCUUCUAGUUAUCGGACUCUCGAUAACUAUCAGAAAUGCCUCCAAACAGACAGGGUUUAUCGCCAGAGCCAAAUGGGCAAAAGCUGUGUUCAAUCUUUUCCUUUACUUGCAUGGAGGUCAUGUAUUUGGAGCAAUCUGGUAUUGUUUUGCCAUCGACAGGAUUCUUGUUUGUUGGAGGGACGAAUACAUUUCCAAGAAUACAUUGAAAUAUAGCACUUUCGUUUGUGGUAAUCAUAAUUUAGAGAAGCUAAGUUGUCAUAAAACAGCAAAUAUCACAGAUUUUGGAAUAUUCAAUGAUGCUCUUGAAUAUAGAAUUGUGGAAAUGAAGCCAUUUCUGAAGAAAUAUUUGUUCUGUUUACGAUGGGGUCUGCAAGUUCUCAGUUGUUUCGGUCAAAAUCUCCAACCAAGUACCUUUCCCCUGGAAAAUAUAUAUGUGAUUUCUGUAAUCAUCUAUUCCACCCUGCUGUUUGUGUUUUUAAUUGGAAAUAUGCAGACUUAUCUGCAAUCUGCAAGUGAAAGACCUGAGGAUAUCGUCAACAACAUUAAGAUGGAAGAACGCUUAGGAAGGUUGAAGAAAGUAAAAGAGUUGGGAAAAUGGCAAGAAUCACGGUUGAAGGUGCUGUGUAAUCGUAUGAAGCCAGCUUUCUAUGGUGACCGAACUCUCGUCAUCCGGGAGGGGGAACCCAUCAGUGAAAUUCUCUUUGUGCUGCAGGGAAAGUUAUGGACAUACACCUCCUCCAGGGCUGACACAGAUGAUAGCAGCAAUGGCAAAAAUGUUCUUAUGGGAGAAGGCGAUAUCAUCGGGGAAGAACUUGUCAGCUGGAUUCAAGCUCAGCCUCACUCAUCCACCCUGCCAAUCUCAACCAGAACCAUUCAAACGCUGAAGCAUGUUGAAGCCGUCGCCAUUACGGCCUAUGACCUGAAAGAUGUGUUCAUUAAAAAGCUAGAACCAGAAGCAAUAGGCACGAGAUCACUCCUGAAGAAGUGCACUGGAUGGUUCCAUUCACGUUUCAGGAAAAAGCUUUGAACGCUUGCGGCUAUGGAGUCAGAAGUCGUUAUCACUUGGAUUUGACUUUGCCAGGACAUAUUUUGGUUUAAACUGUUUUUUUUUUUUUUUUUUUUGGGUUGGGUAUAAUUAUGGCUUUCGCUGAUACACAUUAUGUCUUCUUGUUAUUCGACAUUCAUGCCUUUUGCCUUAAUAAGGUCUAGGCCUGCUUUGCUUUUA